AUGAGUGCCACAGCCUCCCUGCUGACACUGUGCGGCGAAAUCGGUGCCGAGCUCAUCGAUUUCUCGCCCGUUUCUUCGUCUUCAACUUUACUCAAAUUCGUUCAACAUCCAACAGCUAAUCAGCACCAACAACUCGCGCUUCUGGCGUCCUUGUCAUCCUUUGAAUACAAGGUGCGAUGUGUCAUACGGAAAAAUACAGCUGUAGGGUCUUCCAACGAGCCCUGGAAAGAGUCUGAUGACCUUCAACAUUCUGCGGGCAGUAUCGUAUCCAGAACAGACGUAUCUUGCAGCGCUUUCCAGGACUCUUCAGCAACACUGGAACUGCCCUUCAGUGGCCUUGAAACUGAGGAUAACAGCAUCGUUUCCUUUACACUCUCCUUCUCUCCACUUCUGGCAACUUCUGGUCUUCACAGCGUCCAUGUCAGGGUACGACAUCGUUUGCUUAUGUCCGUCGCCGUGUGGGUGGACCCCGUUCAGAUUCGUCGCGAGCUGCCGUCCCAGUCUAGUUCCUCUUCCUCGCUGUCACCAUCGCCAACAUCAACACCUUCAUCACCACAGUACGCCUUCCAAGCCGACGGGCCUCAGUUCCGUACGUUUAUUUCGCAUUGUGAAAAUCUAAUCCCAACACUACGACACUCGUUAAAGUAUACUCAAGAAAAAUGUGCAAAAGUGGCAGAUUCUGUCAAUACCACCGCUAAGGAGUUGACGGGCCUUGUCUCCUGCGCACAAGACAUGGCUAAUUUGCUCCCUUCCUUCUCCCAAGAGUUCAACACCGUGACAGCCGCAUUAGUUACCACCUUAAAGGCGAAGGUGGAAUCGCUGAAUCAGCUCGAAACAGUUCUCCAGAAAAAGCUUAGCGUCCCUCUCGAAAGUUACGCGUCAACAAUCCCUUUGAAGACGGUAUCUGCUCGCCGUAAGCAGUACCACGAUCAGGCCAAAGUUUUUUACUCGUAUAUGGGCAAAAAUCUGUCCAGCGCGGACGCAGCCAACUUAAGCAAAAAGGUCCAGUUCGAGCUAGAAAGGUUUGACUAUUUUGUAUACUUGACCGAGUUCAUCGACGGAUCCUCUGCUAGACGGUUUUUGUAUGAAAUAGCGCAAUUUUCGAGCAUACUGGAGCCAGCAACCUCAACUCCUCUUGUUAAAAGCGCCAGGAACUAUCAAUCCAAGCUCAAGCUUUCAAGGGUGCGCAUAAAUGAGAUGAGAGACCAGAUCUCAAAGUCGAAAAGCUUUUCGGAUUUCUCCUCCCCUGCUCCAGUUGGACCUCACAAGGUUUACAAAGAAGGUAUACUGUGGACUCAGAAAGGACAUGGCAAGUCUUCUGGAUGGCACAAGCAGUGGGUAGUGAUAAAUGGCUGCACUCUUUCGGAGUAUGCGGACUGGAAAACCGAGGGAAAGAAACUUUCACGGACACCUAUCAAGCUCACAUUUGCAUGCAUUAAAAAACAGGACUAUGGAAAGUUCAAUGGGUUUGAGGUUAUUACUACCAAUGAAGUUACACGGGCCUUCAGAGCUGAAAGUAACAGCGAACUAGAACAAUGGCUAAAGGUUCUUCAAGAAUCUGCUGCGGUUGGAGUGCAAACUCCAACGAAAGCUCCUGGAGAAAAGACGAUAGAGGUUUCACAAAUUGUAUCCACUAACGACAAGUCAAAUACCAUGUGUUGCGAUUGUGGCAGCACAAAUCAAGUCGAAUGGGUUAGCAUCAACCUACUUUGCGUUGUUUGCAUAAAAUGCUCCUCCGUGCAUAGAUCGCUAGGGGUCCACAACUCGAAAAUCCGCUCUUUAAAGCUUGAUACCUUCACCUCAAAGGAAAUAAUUGAGCUGAUGAAAUCUGUGUCUAACAAGAACGUCAAUUCUAUUUACGAAGCCGAGUUGCACGCAAAAAUUCUUGAUUCAGAUUCUUUACCUCAGCUCCGGUCCGAUUUCAUAACUGAGAAAUACGUGGAAAGAAAAUUUGUUACGUCUUUGGAUGAAAUAGACCCAGAAGCUAUUGAGAAAAGACUCAGUCACAAUCUAAUCAAAUCCAUCCACCUCAACAGCAUUUACCUUCUCCAACAGUGUAUCGCACAAGGGGUUCGUUUGAAUGAAGUUCAUACCGAAAAUGGUGUUGAAACCACGUUUCAAUACUCACUAAAACACUACCAAGGCACCAAGAACAACUCCACAUUUUUCAUAACAGAGUUUCUACUUCUGAAUGGCUUGCAAGUCGGUGCAAUUCCUCGCGACACAUCUACUCUCUCUCAACGAGAAUACGAGUACUGGAAGUCGAAAGUAGAGACUAAUGGCGUGUAUCGAGUCAAACCUAUUGCCAGACGGGCAACCUCGAGGGAUUCCAAGAAAGCUGAUAUCGCAAGAAUAGACACUUCUGUAGCAGGAAACUUCACCACGCGGAAAGUUUCUUCUGCCUCAGAUGCUACCAGUAAUCCCGUCAACAAGCGAUGGAGUAUUACUGGCGCUUUACCAUCAUCAGCAAGUACAUCGAUUUUACCUACCAAAAGUCGCGGGUUGAAAUUCCCAAAGAUCUCAGGAGCCAAGAAUCAGUCAUAA